AUGGAGGAGGGCGGUGGACCGUCGGGCCCGAAAAAGCCCGCGAAGCAGCGGCGUGUUGGGGAGGCGCUCAGCCUGGAGCAGUUCGCCGCGGCGCGGAAGAGCGGGUACGACAAGAGGCACGAGAUACAGAAGAAGAAGAACCUGAGCGCGAAGCGGGUCAACAAGCUGCGGAAACUCAUGCGGCAGAUGGCCGAGAAGGGGGAGCUAGCGCCUGUGUUGCCGGGCGCCCCCGCGGACGAGGAGGCGACGGAGGGCGGCGGCGGGCCCGGCCGGGAGGCGGAGGAACAGCAGCGGCGCGCAACGCCACGGGAAAAGCGCCGAGGGCCCCAGGAGGAGGACGAGCCCGUCGCGCCGGAGGGCGGCAAGGAGCGCCGCGCGGGCAAGAAACGGAGGCACUUUGACACUUUGAAGAAGUACUCGGGGCAACAGCGGACGAAGCGGGCGGAGGCGGAGGCGGCGCGGGCGGAGGCGCACAGGGCGGCGGAGGAGCGGCAGCGGAAGGCGGAGGAGACGCAGAAGCGGCGGAAGGAGAAGACGGCGGUGCUGCGGAAGCGGACGCGGCGCGGGCAGCCGGUGAUGAAGCACCGCCUGGACGACAUCCUCGGCAAGCUGACGGGGGGGGUGUGUAGCCGACGCGCCCGGGCGUCCACGCAUGUGACCGACACGGCCGUUGCGGAGCGCGUCGACGUCACUUGCCACGCGAGGGGGGUGUAG